AUGGCGGCGCGGGGGCGUGCUUGCCGCAGAAGGCGGAGCACCGGCAGGGACCCAGGCAAAGGCUCUGGCUUGGCCUCGGCCCCCAGCUCCGGCUCUGCCACAGGCCCCCUGGCGCUCCCGCUCCCGCUGCCGCUCCCGGUGCCCGUGCCAGCGGCGAUGGCGGCGAUUCUGGGGCCCAGCGCCCUGGCCCGGCUCCGCUGGGGCUCGGCCUUCUGCUCCAUCGCGGCCGGAGGCUUGGGCGCCUUCGCGGCCGCCUUUGCCAAGCUGGCGCUGAAGCCGACGACGUCCCGGGGUCCGGAGGACGAGGAGCAGGAGCUCCCUUACCCGCCCGCCAUGCAGGCCUGGUUGACCCUGAUGUUCCGGCUGAUGGCCUUUUCUUUGAUGAUUGUCAGCAACUCCCUCAUGUGGGCCUUCUUUUCCAAAGCGCUAAGUAUUUCUUCAUCUUCUGCCACGGCAUCGCUGACAAUGACUGCUUCUAACAUCAUUGCCUCGGCCUUCCUGGGUUACCUGCUGUAUGGAGAAUACUGUGCAGUGAUGUGGUGGGCCGGGGUCGUCCUGAUCCUCUAUGGACUGGCACUGAUGCACAUAAGCUCGUCGGCCGACGAGGAGCUGGAGGAAAAGAAGAACCAGUAGGGACAGGCCUCAAGGCAAAUGUUCCUCGAGCUGUUGCCGGCCCUUCAGAAUCCCAGGCCUGGCCUCAAGAAGGCCACUGAGUUCUGGGGGAGCAGUUUUGUCCUGUUGUUGUUUUUUUUUUUUUUUUAAUUCCUAUCUAGGGAAGAAACCAAUGCUAGACACCAUCUGAUUGCUUCAUGCUUUAAGGACCUCUUCAGGCAGGGUGUGCUCAUGUUGCUAGGCCUCUGGCAAGUGGAUUUGUGCUUCUGACUCAGUUGGGAAACUCUGCUAGAUGUCUAGAAACCCCAGGGAGAAAGAAAGCAGUGUUCUUGCUGGAGCUGAUGUUUGGAUCGAUCUGUUCCUUGGGCCCAGGGGACAGAUGCCAGGAAGAGGCUUUGCCUCUGGUGAGUGUUUCUCCUUGGGGUGUCCUAGACAGAAUGGAGAAGGCUGACCUUGGGAUUGGCCUUAGGCCUGAGUCUUUCUUGUUCUCCGGGUGGAGCUCCAGUAGUAAGUUUAUCACAAACCAUAAAUCUUAAUUUAAUGAGGAUUUGUCAGUUGGUAUUGAUAUGUGCCAUUAACAAUUACUAAGCACCGAGGCUAGAUAAAGCCCAGGAAACCAAACUAGUGAGACAAUGCCAUUCCCUGCCCUUGAGGGAUAUGCAGUGUGUUUGAGAGGGGACAAAGAAGAAGGAUACUAGUUAGAAAGUGAUAAGAGGGCCCCCCCCCACCAAAAAAAGGAGGGAAGGGUUAAAAGCAAAGGAAAAACCUAAGAGCAGGGUCUCUUAACUUUUUGGGGGACAUGGGCCCCUUUGGCAGGCUGGUGAAAUGGACCCCUUCUCAGAAUAAGAUUUUUAAAAUAAUAAAACAAAAUACAUAGGAUUACCAAGAAAAUUCAAUUGGAAUGCAGUUAUCAAAAACAUACAAAUAAACAAAUACAUGGAUGCCCAGUUUAAGAACCCUUAAUUUAAGACAAUGUGCCAUAAGAAAUUUGAGAAAGAAGAAGUCCCUUUCAGCAGGGGAAGAUCAGGGAAGCCUUCACAGAGGAGGUGGUUACUGAGCUGGGUCAUAGAGGGGAUUUCAGAAAGAAGAAUUGUGGAGGAAAUGAGUUGCAGGUAGAGAAAAGAGCCUUGGCAAACGGAAGAGGAGAGUGAGGAGCAGCUUGGUUGUCUAGUUUAUGGGGGGUAGACUUCAUGGGAGAAGGUAGUAUGAAAUAAGGCUAGACAGAGAGGUGGAAGCCAGCCUGUAAAGGACCUUUAAAUGCCAGAAGCACCUGCUACGAGGUCUCCUAACCCAUGAGUAUUUAUUUAUUAAGCUCCUACUAUGUGCCAACCACAGUGCUAAGUAUUGAUGAUACCAAGACAAAAAAUGAACCAUCCCAACUUGUUAGACAAAAAUAGAUAUGACUGUAGACUGUAUAAAGUGUUUCAAUACAAAUCUAUACAAAGUAGUUAGGGGUUUGACUCCCUAUCACCCCUCCACUUCCAGGGUCAAUAGCCUCCAGAGGAGAAUCAAAAUUGACUCAAUUCUUCUGGAGCACUUGCAGUUCUGAGAUUGAUUUGAAUACCCCCAAAGUAUACUAGGGAGGUCUACACCGUCUGGCUGCCAUCUUCCUCUUCAGCUCCGAAAGAGCAGAGUCACCCCAAGAAGGAAAACAAAAGCAGGGAGAUGGUUCAGAGAAGUAUGGCAUGUGAUUGUAAUGGCUAUUCAAAGAAUAAUUGAAAAGUUCAGUAAACCUUAGUUCUUUAGAAAAAAACUAGAGUUGAUAAACAUACAGUUGACAGACCCGUGGAGCCUCCGUAGCUCACUGGUGAGUCCCUGGCCAGGAUCCCCAUUUCCUGAAGACCCCCAACCACGCUUGUGCUUGCUUCAUGCUCAGCUCUCUCUCCCACCUGCCCUACCUGCUUAGCAGCCUCACCACAGCUUGAUUCCCCAAAUCCCCCCCCCCCCCCCCCUAUGUGUUGUAUUCCUGCAUUAGGAUGUAAGCUCCUUGAGAGGAGGAACUGAAUU